UUCUCAACUCACGGCGUAUAUCAGUCGGGCAGCAUGUUGUGCAACAAUCACGUUCUCUGCUGGUGAAAGUAUUCUAAAUAUUCUUCAGUGAUCCCCCCCCAGUGCGCAUCAAGUUCAAAAUGUACAAAUUGAUCAAGUCUGUGAUUAGAGUGGACCUGCGGUCCCCGGGCCUGCCGGUACCGGCAUUGUAUUCCACCUUCAGACCCGCCGAAUUCCACUUCGAAACGUCAGACGGCGAAAGCGGCACAUUGAUUCAUCGUUUCUCGAGGCACAUCGCCCUCACCAAGCGGGACUACACCGAUACGACGAGAUUUAACUUUAAAUAUUCAUCAUUCUACCCGGUUUACCGGCCGGACCAGUUCAUGGAGCAGUUGGCGAGCAUAUCGACCCACGAUCUGGGAAAGUUGAUCUGUAUGACCACUGACUUCCGGGGGAAGACCGAUACUAGAAUGUAUACCGAUGUGGUCAAUGUGCUGGAUGAGGAAAGUGAGAGCCGGGUGGAACGGACCGAGUUCCGGGAGUUGGUUGGUAUGAUGCACGGGUAUAUGUAUUUGCUGCCGAACAAGAUAACAAAACUAAAGACGUACCAGAAGGCGAUGCCACGGUUGGUGGAAGCGUUCGGAAGGAAUGUGAACAGAAAGGAUUUCAUGACGCUAGUGUUCUUUUUGGGACUGUGGAAGAAGAAUGCUGCUGGAAGCCGACUGAUCGAACAGUUUUUGCAGGAUUAUCUUGGUCAGUUUUUGAAUGAUGAAAUGGAUUUGAUGGAUUUCGUCAUCGUGGCUAAUGCCAGCUAUAAAACCAGUGUGCGGAUCAAGGAUGGACAGUUUCGGGAUCGUUUGGUGGAGGAAAUUUGUAAGCUUGAGGACAAUGACAUGGCACUGUUUGUAACGCUUAUUAAAUGUGCUCGAAUGAAUCGGAUACGAUCGGAUCGGAUUGUGGAGAAGUUGAAAAGCAUUAUGCAGGACAAACCGGAGUCGGUGGAUUUCCGAGGUCUGUCCCAUUUGUUCGCAUACGUCGCUGAUAAUCUGAUAAAAGAUGAUACUCUAACCAAUAUCUUCCUGGGAGAAGGCAGCAAGCACAUAGAAGCUGAAAUCCUCGCCCAACCAGAGGAAAGCGAUUCUGCUCCGCAAAACUUCCGAGCCAAAGAUUUUGCUACCUUCCUUUGGAGUUGUUCAACGCUAUCGAUUUCGCUGGAGGAGCUCGACUUGGAGGCAAAAGAUCUGAAGGACUUGGUUUUCCGAAAGAUCGACAACAACGAGUAUCGCUUCAUUCCGGACACCCUGGUGGACACGUGUCUCUCGCUGUGGUUAAUGGGCUACCCGUCGGUCGAUAUGAUGGCCAGUAUCUUCAGCGACAGCCAGUUUGCGAAAAAUUUCAAGAAGGAUCGGGUGAAGAUCGAAUCCAGACGCGACUUGCUGCUGGCUUGCGCCGAGAUUGAAAGACCGGAAGCGUUCAAAAUUAUCUCCAAGCUACCACGGGUCCGGGCGUACCAGCUGGAGAGACCGGCUCCGGAUUACUCGGUUAAGAACCGCAGGGAUCUUCAACGAGUCCGGGCCUGCCUUGAGAAUGUGAAGGAUAAGCUUUCGAUCAGCGGAGUGGAAUUCAACAUGCCCAUUAGGUUCUUGAACAUUGCAGGGCUGCUCGUGAAGAUGGACAACGAAGAAGUGAUCAACUUGGAUGUGCUGGACAGAGCUUACUGUCUGUCGGAUGAAGAGACACCGACAGGAUUGUUACUGUUGAAGCAACGGCUUUUGAACAAAAUGGGAGUCGAAACGGUUCUGGUCAAACCGCUUCGGAUAGAAUCCGACGAAGCUUUGGCUCAAACCUUGGAAGACAUCAUUCGGAGUACGAUGAAACCAAAACUCAGCAGAGAAACCAGCAAAGCGGUUUAGCUAAAACACAAAUCUAUUAGUCAAUAAAAUAUCAAAUGAUAAUUCAAAAUGGUUAAAA